GGAGGAGACGAGGGUGGGACCCGCCACCAAAGACAUUGACAGGUGUUCUGCCUGACCAAUCCUGGGGGCCGGACCACUCCACCACCACCCCCAAGGGUUUCGUCUUUUCCUGGGCUGCCAAUGAGCAACCGAGCUGAGCCUUCAAGUGGGAAGAGUUAGGAGCCUGGGUUCUUACUAUCGCGGGAGCGACAUUUUGCGGUGGUUACUUGAGGGGUUUCAGUGAAAAGACUUGGCUCUCUCGGACCGACCAGGUGCAGAAGAAUUUGUGUCCUCAGGGGCUGUGCUAGUUGUGUGUCUGGACGUGCGGCAUCCUGGGGUGGGAGGGAGGGAGGGGUGUCCCAAACGGUGGUCAUUCUGGUCUGAUUUUCCAAUAGCUUAUUAUCUUAUUAGAAAGAUCUGGAGAUUUUCACCAUCACCCUAAGAAUAAGGCUACCCCAGCGCCACCACCAUCCCCACUUAAAAAAAAAUCAAAACAAAACAAAGGAAAAAACCCAAACGAUUCGAAAGAUCAAAAUACAUAUAUAUCCAAAGAGAACUGAUGGAAAAAUCAAAAAAUUUCCGGAUCGAUGCUCUGCUAGCAGUCGACCCUCCGAAAGCCACCUCGGCACAGACUUCUCCGCUGGCUCUGGUCACAUCUCUCUCCGCCUCGGCGGCCACAUCUGGCAACAGCAGCAGCAGCGGCGGCGGCAGCAGCAGUGGUGGUGGCAGCAGCAGCAGCAGCAGCAGCUGCAGCCCCCCUUCCUCGGAGCACCACACUGGGGGCUCGGACUGUCUAAGGACGGAGAGCCCGUCCCCACCUCGGAUCCUCGCAGCCCACUGCGGACUGGUGCCCAAGCCAGGUUUCCUGAGCAGCGGCAGCGGUGCCGCUGGCCAUCACCAUCACCACCCGGGUGCUGCCGCUGCAGCCGCAGCAGCGGCCGCAGCCGGGGGGAUGGCCCUGGGGUUGCACCCAGCCCAGGGAGGAGCGGGGAUCCCCACCCAGGCGGCUCUCUAUGGUCAUCCCAUGUACAGCUACUCGGCGGCGGCGCUGGCCGGCCAGCACCCGGCUCUGUCUUACUCCUACUCCCAGGUGCAAGGGGCCCACCCCACCCAUCCCGCAGAUCCCAUCAAACUCAGCGCCGGCACCUUCCAGCUCGACCAGUGGCUCAGGGCGUCCACCGCAGGCAUGAUCUUGCCCAAAAUGCCCGAUUUUAACUCCCAGGCACAGUCUAACCUUCUGGGAAAAUGCCGACGGCCCCGCACUGCCUUCACCAGCCAGCAGCUGCUGGAACUGGAACACCAAUUCAAGCUCAACAAAUACCUAUCCCGCCCCAAGCGCUUCGAGGUGGCCACUUCGCUGAUGCUCACAGAGACCCAGGUGAAAAUCUGGUUCCAGAACCGAAGGAUGAAAUGGAAACGGAGCAAAAAAGCCAAGGAGCAGGCGGCGCAAGAGGCUGAAAAGCAGAAGGGAGGGGUGGGGAAAGGUGGAGGAGGAGAAGAGAAGGGAGAGGAGGACCUGCUGCUACCCUCCGACAAGAGCAGUGGCCGCCGCCUUCGGGACUUGAGGGACAGUGACCCAGAGGAAGAAGAGGAGGAGGAGGAGGAGGAGGCAGGGCAUUUCUCCUAUAAGAACAAUAACGCUACCCACUCCUCGGAUUGCUCCUCAGAGGACGAUUCUCCACGCACAAGACCUGCGGGACCCGGGCAUCAGCCCCCGCCCCAAUGAGGAGCCAGUGCACCCUGCUGGAGUGGGGAAGCAGAGAUGGAGUGUGACCUUGCCCUCCCAACUCCCCUAACCAAUAGAGAAUCCUCCAGUUGGCCCUGGUCACAUCUAGGACUUGGGGAGUUGACAACUCCUUCCAUUCAGCAACUUGCAACCCUGAUUUCUCUGACCAAAAGAGGACUGGGAGGGGGGCAGGGAGGGCAGGGAAGGAUCUUUCUUUCCUUGACUGUUCCAUCCAUGCUCCCCAAUUCUCAUCUCCACUUUCUAUCUCUCUGCCUUCCCCAAGAUUUGGGGGGGCAUCGGAGGGUGCACCCAGAGUUGGUGUGCAGGAGAUUGGUAAAUCCAGCUGCUGCCCCUGGAAAUGGAUGAAGAUCUGAGGACUCCUCCACUCCACCCUGGGAUCCCCCUAGGACCUGAAAGUCCUGGCAAUUUGGGUCGGUUUGGGCUACAUUCAGCUGCUGUUGAGAUGAACUAAAGAAGGAAAUCCAGGGGAAUGUUCAAACUUGAAUCUCUCUCUUUUUUUUAAUUUAAUUUUGUUGUGGUGGUUGAGUAAGUGGGGGGUUGGGAGAGGAAUGUAAGGGACCCCAUCAUACUUGGAAACCCUUACAUCUCCCCACCAAGUAGAGAAAACUUACCACACAGUGUUAAGUGACAUUUAAAACUUGAAUCGUGGAACCGCUGUUCUUUUGCUGAGUAUUGAAAAAAUGUUUUGUGCUUAUUAUGUAUCACAAGGGGAAAAAAAACAACCCUUUAUGUCAUGAACGUUCAAACUGCUGGAAAUCUCAAGAUUGUACUGUCUUUAUUUUUGUAUAUUGUAUUUAUAAAAAAGAUACCUCUACUUAUGCAUGCUAAAUUAUUAUUUAGCUUCUCCCAUCGUCCAUGAUGGAAUGUAAAAUAAAUUGGUUUUAUACUAGA